CGCUUGCCCUGUUUUAAUGCCUAUAGCCUGAUAAAUACCGCACCAUGCUACAUACCGUGUUUCCAUCACAAAGUCACAUCAUACACCAGAUGCUAUGGUCAUAAGUGAAAUACAUUUAAUUAAUCUGUGUGUCAAUGAUGCGCACAUGUGCCGGUCGUUCUCCGUUCCAACAGGUCUCUUUUAUUCUUGCAUCCCCAGAACGAUCUCCCCUCAGUUUCUGAGUCCAAAGACUGAGUUCUCCUUUCGUUUCUAGUCUGAGCCUCUCUUCAUUAGAGACUGGCCUUCAUGUCUCUGCCUCCCAUGGCAGCUUCUUCCAAACCGACAGAUGAAAGUUCGCAUUCAUAUGACACCCCCCCGAAUGACCAGGACUUUGACUGGAUGAUAUCUGAUGCGAUGUCCACUGCUGAUACUAGAACUGAUUUCUACGACCGCAGUCUGACGAGUCGCAGAUAUGCCCUUGUCGGAGUGGCAUGCUCAAGUAUCUUCAGCUGCUUAUGCAUCGUUGCAGGCAUCAUCACUUUAGCUAAUCACGGAAUCUCGACAGUAGCUGUGGUCAACCUGAUCAAUCCUGACAAGUAUGUUCAGUUGUUCCUGCAGGAGGAGAUGGUGCCUCUGGCAUUUAACUUAAUCGUCACGUUAUGCACCGAGUCCAUAGGGUUCAUACACGGCAUCUCAUUGCGCUCCGCGCUAGCCUCAGAAUCUCGGCUUCGUUUCAACACCAAUCUGCGCCUUCUGGCCGCAGCUCGUGGAUGGUAUAAUCCUAACGGCACCCUGCUGAACAGCAUCUCGGCUGCCCUCCUCAUUAUAUCCUACAGCUUGGCCUCAUUCGUUGUAUGUUCCGACUUUCAAAUACUAAUGGCACCCAUAGAGGUGGAGGGUAUCAGUAUUGCCAUCGCAGGCUUACCUCUCCUCAUUUUGGGCGUCGUACUCCUCCUCCAGGUGAUGAUCGCAUUGUCAGGGAUGCGUGCUGUCAAAAUAUUGACGUGGAGCUCCUCACCUUUCAACUUGACCGCCGCACUGGUCCACCACACGCAAUUGAACCCUGCUACUUUGCGGUGCAUGCAUUGUGUGUCUGACCUAGACACGUAUGGAGGUCCAGCGAGGCCAUCAGACAUGCAGCCCUCUUCGUGGCAUGCCCACCCUAGCAUCCGGAAAGUUGUGAUUUCUCUUUGGGUGAUCGUUGCAGCAUACGCUGGAUGGGCCACACUCGUCAUGUAUAUCUGGGACAGGUUUCAUCAUCCCGACUCGGCAGAAGUGUUGGGGUCCGGCAGUGCUCUGACCCUACAAACGUGGUCGUUCUUACCCAAUGGGGUCGAGGACAGUUUCAUCGAGUAUAGAUUAUGGGGUAGCAAUCUUGAGGUGUGGACUCUGCUCUUUGUCAACAUGGCAGUUGUCCAGGGACCGUUAACACUUGGGUUGCAUUGCUCGGAGCUCAUUGCGAAUGUCAUUCGAGACGAAAGACAGUGGAGAUGCGCUACUGGAAGGAAGGGACUUAGAACGGCGACGAACCCGGUAAAGACAAUUUUCAUCCAUCCAAUCUGUCUCGUACUUUUCGCCGCAAAGCCUUUCCUGCACUGGAUGUUUGGGCUUUCAUUCACCGCAGUUAACCCCGCCAUUGACGGGGAACUAGUAGAAGGAGGAUUGACGGUAAUCAUUCACACUGCCCAGAUCUGGAACUUAUGCAUAGCGCUGUUUAUAUUUGCCUCACUCUUCACUUUUGUCGCACUGCGCCGACCGCGCGGUCCCCAGCCUGCUGCAUACGGCCACCUCCAGACGCUCGCCAACCUCGUGGACGAGUGGUCGCCUGUGAUGUGGUGGGGACACAAGAAGGAUGGAAUCCCGUACUGUCAUGCUGGGACAAGCGAUGAGGGUCCGCUGCCGGAUGUGAAGAUGGACUGUGUUUAUGCUGGUUCCGGUGCUGAGCCUCUGGUACCCCCCUCGUUAGCUUGCUUUGCUUUUUAAAGGGCAUCUCUUUUUAUACAGAGUUACAUCCACGUCAGGCUGGCGAUGCAUUCACGGUGCACACAACCAGCCAUGCCGCUGAGCCAGACAUACACUGUUUUUCUGCUGUCUGCUGUGUUGUUAUUCAUCUUGACUUGCAAUAUUAUAUUUUAGACUGUUCCCCGAAGUGCGCACUAUAACCUAGGAUUCAAAUGUUUAG